AUGGUGAAGAAUGUUGACUGGCAAUGGACUCGACGUGAUAACAGCAAACAGGCAGCAGCAAUCGCCGCGCUGAGCAGCGAGGUCGUUUUUCACCCACUAGAUACGAUGAUAACCCGAAUGCAAUGCAAAGACUACAGCACAGUGUACAAGCACAGCAACGGGUCAUUGAGACGCGCUUUGUUUACCGGCCUCUAUCAAGGAUUUGGCCCAACACUAUUUGCCGGCAUCCCUUCCUCAGCCGCCUUCUUCGCCACAUACGAAGUGUCAAAAACAUCAUUCGAAAGAGCACAGCGCGCUGGAUAUCUCCCAGGAGUUCCAAAGUCGAUAUUUCAUGCUAUUAGCAGCGCCGCGGCUGAGCUUGUUGCUUGCGCAUUUCUAAAUCCCGCAGAGGUAUUGAAGCAAAAUGCACAGGUUUCUCAACAAUCCGCAAAUUCGCCAAAAGGAGGUCCGCCGGCCUCUAUAAUAAUGUUGAAGAGCUUCUAUAAGCAGCCUUCGGCACUGUGGUCGGGAUAUUGGAUGCUUGUUGCUGGUCAACUUCCCAAUGUCUGUCUGACCUUCUGCUUGUACGAGUCUUUUAAAGAAUCGCUAUACGAAAAACAGCGCCACCUCGCCGAUACUACUAUGGGACAGAUCCAAGCUAGUGUUUUAUGUGCUGGUGUUGCUGGCGGCUGCUCGUCUUGGUUCUUUGUUCCAAUCGACGUUGUCAAAACACGGAUGCGGUUGGCUCUGGGGGAUGAGAUGCAAUUACCCCGUUCCCCGUGGAUAAAACCAAGUGCACUCUCUGUUGCUCAGGAUGUGUUCACUAAGGAAGGGAUCCCGGGCUUCUUCCGUGGUUCUCAGUUGACCUGCAUUGCAGCAAUAGUGUGCAGUGCGAUGUACAUUGGUUCCUACGAAGGUGUGAAACUCUGCUUGGGAACUAGCGAUCCGUUAUCAUAA